CAACAUUUUAACGAGAGGCUCUGGGUACGAGAAUGGCCCAAACUAAACGUGCACUCCAGAAUCUAUAUUGUUAGAAUGAAGUCAAUAUUUUCCUGUACCAUUUGUUUCACAGAGCAAACACCCGCCGGAACCUGACUUGGAAAUGUGAAUGGUACUUUACAGCAAGCGUUUAUGAAUUCUUUGGUGUAGAAUCUGAGCACAGAUGUCUCAACUGUCGUCGUCGAAUUCGACCUCCGGUCAGGCGAGUCAAACGAGGGCUGGACGUCGCCGAAAGAGACCGCAUCCUCCAGUUUAUGGUGGAAUUAUGAAUUCUUUCAGCGAUAAAAACAGUGAUUUUGUUUGUCCGAUUUGUUUUGACACCAUCGAUGAGGCUUUUAUGACGAAAUGUGGACAUACGUUUUGCUAUCAAUGUAUUACACGGAGCCUGGAAGAGAGCAAUCGCUGUCCCAAGUGUAACUAUAUCAUAGACAAGCCUGAUCAGAUAUUUCCAAACUUUCUCUUGAAUGAACUGGUACAAAAAGUGAAAGAAAGGACAGGCCAGAAGAAAACAAAUAAAAUGGUUCCAGACACCCAGGUAAAGAUUAAUAUAUAGAUUUAGGCCAGCCUAAAAGCAGAGCUCUUGGGCCAGGUUGUUCAGAGCCUGAUUAAGCU